UCUGAGAAUAUACCAUCCAACGCCAUGGCCUGGUUCAGGAAUCUCAGGCAGCUUUCACCCACCACCAUCCCCCCACCACUCAAAUCCACAACGCCCUCCUUCACCUUCCUCCUCUCACAUUUUAGCUCUCAGCCCAUGGAGGUGCCGCCGCCGGGCCUCAGCCCCACGGUGCCUGGCCAGAAGCCGAGGGUAGUGGUUUUAGGAUCUGGCUGGGGAGGCUGCAGACUGAUGAAGGGCUUGGAUACCACCAUAUACGACGUUGUUUGUGUUUCCCCUCGCAACCACAUGGUCUUCACCCCUCUUCUCGCCUCAACCUGUGUUGGAACUCUCGAGUUCAGGUCCGUUGCCGAACCAAUCGUCCGGAUCCAGCCUGCCAUCUCUCGCGAACCGGGUUCAUAUUUCUUCCUUGCUAAUUGUACUGGCAUUAACCCUGAAGAACAUUCGGUACAAUGUGAGACUGUUACUGAUGGAUUGAACACUCUGGAGCCACGGAGGUUUAAGAUAUCAUAUGAUAAGUUGAUUAUAGCAUUAGGAUCCCAGCCACUAACUUUUGGGAUUCAUGGUGUCAAAGAACAUGCCUUCUUUCUUCGUGAGGUUUCUCAUGCCCAAGAAAUUCGUAGAAAGCUGCUAUUGAACUUGAUGUUGUCCGAUGUUCCAGGGAUCUCUGUGCAAGAGAAACGCCGGCUUCUACAUUGUGUUGUUGUUGGAGGAGGUCCAACUGGAGUUGAAUUCAGUGGGGAGCUUUAUGACUUUAUCAUAAAGGAUGUUAGUCAAAGAUAUGCUCACGUGAAAGAUUGUAUCCAAGUUACUUUGAUUGAGGCAAAUGAGAUAUUAUCUUCCUUUGACGCUCGCCUCCAACGCUAUGCUACUAACCAAUUGACAAAGUCAGGAGUUCAAAUUGUACGGGGAAUCGUCAAAGAUGUUAAACCUCAGACCAUCUUUCUCAAAGAUGGCUCUGAGAUUCCUUAUGGAUUGUUAGUUUGGUCUACUGGCGUUGGUCCCUCUCCUUUUGUAAAUUCCUUGGAAGUUCCUAAGUCUCCUGGUGGCAGGAUCGGUAUAGAUGAGUGGUUACGUGUUCCUUCUGCGGAAGAUGUGUUUGCAAUAGGUGAUUGCAGUGGGUUCCUAGAGAGUACAGGCAAACAAAUUCUUCCAGCUUUAGCUCAGGUAGCAGAGCGUCAAGGCAAAUAUUUAGCAGCCUUGCUGAAUAAAGUUGGUAAAGAAGGUGGGGCACGAGCAGGUAGCGCAAAAGACUUAGAUCUUGGAGAACCAUUUGUCUACAAGCACCUAGGAAGUAUGGCAACUAUUGGAAGAUACAAGGCUCUUGUUGACCUUAGGCAGAGUAAAGCAGCAAAGGGGUUAUCCAUGGCAGGGUUCGUCAGUUGGUUUGUUUGGCGUUCGGCUUAUUUAACCCGAGUCAUAAGCUGGAGGAACAGAUUGUAUGUGGCUGUGAACUGGGCAACAACUUUCAUCUUUGGUCGUGAUAUAAGCAGAAUUUAGAUUUAGAAGUAAGAGUUCGCAAAAGAACAAAAA